ACCUUCCCCUCAUCCACAGCGCACACUGAACUCUGUUCUCAAAGCCGACUUGUUGUUUCGUUUCAUUUCUGAGCAGUAAGUAAGAUCAUGGCAGCCAUGGCCUCUACAGCCUUCACUUCAUCUCUUGCAUCAACAAAGCUCUUUGAUUCCUCCUUCCAUGGCACUGCCGUCUCACCGCCACCCUCUCUCCAUCUUCAAUCCGCCAAAUCCUCCAACAGAAGCUUAUCGGUUUCUGCUUCCUCUAACCCUCCCUAUGAUUUGAACGCUUUCAAGUUUGACCCCAUCAAGGAGUCCGUUGUUUCUCGUGAAAUGACACGCAGGUAUAUGAUGGACAUGAUCACAUAUGCUGACACCGAUGUGGUGGUCGUCGGUGCUGGCUCUGCCGGGCUAUCUUGUGCCUAUGAGCUCAGCAAAAACCCUACCAUUCGGGUUGCCAUUAUUGAGCAAUCUGUCAGCCCUGGUGGUGGCGCGUGGCUCGGUGGGCAGCUCUUCUCUGCUAUGGUGGUGCGCAAACCAGCUCACCUUUUCCUUAAUGAGCUGGGGAUUGAUUAUGAUGAACAAGACAACUAUGUUGUGAUCAAACAUGCUGCUCUUUUCACCUCCACCAUCAUGAGCAAGCUCUUGGCUCGCCCCAAUGUGAAGCUCUUUAAUGCAGUGGCGGCUGAGGACUUGAUAGUUAAGGAAAACAGAGUCGGUGGUGUGGUGACCAACUGGGCUCUAGUGUCAAUGAACCAUGACACACAAUCUUGCAUGGACCCCAAUGUGAUGGAGGCCAAGGUUGUGGUGAGCUCAUGUGGGCAUGAUGGACCCUUUGGUGCUACAGGUGUGAAGAGGCUGAAGAGCAUUGGAAUGAUUGACAAUGUCCCCGGCAUGAAGGCCCUUGACAUGAAUACAGCUGAGGAUGCUAUUGUGAGAUUGACCAGGGAAAUUGUCCCUGGGAUGAUUGUCACUGGCAUGGAGGUCGCAGAGAUUGAUGGAGCCCCCAGAAUGGGACCGACAUUUGGGGCAAUGAUGAUAUCAGGGCAGAAGGCGGCUCACUUGGCAUUGAAGGCAUUGGGACAGCCCAAUGCAUUGGAUGGAACAUAUGUGGGAAGCCUUCAGCCGGAAAUGAUCCUAGCAGCAGCCGAUUCUGCUGAGAUUGUGGAUACUUAAUUGGUAGUAAAGAGCUUAGUUUUUACAAGAAUGUAAUCAAAUAAUUCAGUAGUUUUUGUUGAAAUGGGGGUGUCUGUUUAUCCCUUUGUUUUCCUGUGUAAGACUGUUGGAUUUAUGGAGGUUAAGACUUUGUUAUCUUUGCCA